AUGAGAAUCUCUAUCUAUCUAGUCUCCUACAUCAGCAUGGUUUCUACCAUUAUGGUGGAUCUAACUUCUGGCAGUCUGAUUAACUGUUUCGGACUCUGCGACGAAUUCAUCAGCUCGGUUCCAGGACACUGGUCUGAUGUGAGAUCUUCAGCGCUACACUUGGAAAAUCAGAAAGACGUACUACGUGACAUGGAGGCGGAGUUUAGAGCUUUUAAUGGAGACAAGGCUGUCUUAGAAGAAAUCAUUGCGAAGAAGGAUAUCGUCAUUGCGAAGCUGAACACCACCAUCGCAGAGCAAUAUAUCACCAUCAAAGAGCGGGAUACCACCAUUGCGAGGCGGGAUAUCACCAUCACCGCGAAGGAUGCCAUGGUGUCUAAACACAACAUCACCAUCACUGAGCAGGGCAAGACAAUCGAAGAAUUCAUGAAAUCCUACGACUUGCGUCAAAAGGCCGACAUGGAAGAGAAGCAGUCUGUUCAGAAGAUCAAAAAGGCUGAGGAAAGCGAUUGA